AUGAUUGACUCUAUAAACUUUCUCCCCAUGGCACUUUCUAAAUUGCCAGCAAUGUUUGGCUUUGAUGAACUGAAGAAGGGCUACUUUCCUCAUUUAUUCAACAAGAAAGAAAACCAGCGGGUUGUUCUCGACGGUCUACCAGACCUUUCAUUCUAUAAUCCAGAUGGAAUGAAACCAGACGACAGACAAACGUUUUUGAAAUGGUACUCAAGACAUAAAAAUGACACAUCUGACUUCCAAGAACAGCUAUUGGACUAUUGUAAAUCAGACACUGACAUCUUGAGACGAUGUUGCUUGAGAUUCCGUGAAGAUUUCAUGGAUACCACUGACAUUGACCCCUUUGAACAGUGUAUCACAAUGGCAUCCGCUUGUAACCUGGUGUUUAGAACCAAAUUUUUAGAAUCUGAAACUAUUGGUCUUAUCCCACGUCAAGGGUAUAAUCCUGAACAAAAACAGUCUAUGAAAGCUUUACAGUGGGUGAAAUAUAUAUCUCACAUUGAAGGGUAUAAAAUUCAACAUGCUCGAAAUGGCGGAGAAAAGGUCAUAGGACCAUACAGGGUAGAUGGUUACUAUGAAUCCAAAAAUGCGGGAAAAAUUGUAUUAGAAUUUCAUGGAGAUUUUUGGCAUGGAAACCCCACUAAAUAUUCUAGGUCAACUGUCAAUCCAGUUAACCAGUUGACAAUGGGAGAGUUGCAUGAUAAAACUAUAGAAAAACAAAGAUAUCUUGAGAAUGAUGGCUAUACCUAUAUUUGCAUUUGGGAAUCAGAAUUUGAUAAACAGGUUUCAAAUGAUAGCAACAUGAGGUCAUUUAUUGAAAGUCUUGACAUCAUUUCUCCGUUGGAACCGCGUGAUGCAUUUUAUAUAGGUCGAACAGAAGCAUAUACAUUGUACAAAGAAGCUUCCGCAGACGAAACAAUAGAUUACUACGACGUAACUUCUCUCUACCCAUGGGUAAAUAAGACCGGGAAAAUCCCGUUAGGUCAUCCAAAAAUUAUCACAGAAAACUUCAAAGAGUUGGAUAUAUAUGAGAGUCUAAUUAAGUGUAAAGUUCUACCUCCAAAAGGACUUUUCCAUCCGGUUUUACCAUGUAAAUGCAAUGGGAAACUUUUGUUUCAUCUUUGCAGGGCGUGUGCAGAGACAAAGGAACAAACCCCUUGUAGUCAUAAUGACACAGAACGUUCUUUCACUGGCACUUGGGUGACUGAUGAGGUCCAAAAAGCUAUACAAAAGGGGUAUCAAAUAGUAAAAGUCUAUGAAGUGUGGCAUUUUGACAAAGUAUCCAAGCAUGAUCCAAUCACAAAGACCGGUGGCAUAUUUACACAAUACGUAAACACUUUCUUAAAAAUAAAGCAGGAAGCUAGCGGAUGGCCAAAGUGGUGUCAGACAGAACAACAGAAAACAAAAUACAUAAACAUGUAUUAUCAGAAAGAGGGCAUUCUUCUUGACUAUGAAAAUAUAAAGAAAAAUCCUGGUUUAAGAGCAUUAGCCAAACUCAUGUUGAAUUCCUUUUGGGGGAAAUUUGGUCAAAGGUCAAACAUGCCUCAGGUUGACUUGAUAGAAGACCCUUCAGUUUAUUUCGACAAACUCACGUCUGACCGUGAAGAAGUGACGUGUGUUAUUUAUGUUUCUGACGAAUUUGUUGAAAUGCCGCAUUGCGGUGAAACAAAACCAGAACUAAACGAUUAUCUUGGAGACCUCACUGAUGAGGUUCCAGGAAAUUCAAUACAGACGUUUAUAACUGGUGGUCCGAAAAACUAUGGGUAUGAGUUACAAAAACCUGAUGGGGAUGGUAAUUGUACCCAUUGUAAAAUACGAGGCAUCACCCUGAGCUGUAAAAAUAUGUUAAAUGUCAAUUUUGAUGUGUUGAGGACGAUUGUUACUAAAAGGCAGGAUGCUGUACUAUCUGUUGUAAAUGCUCACAAAAUAGCUAGAGACAGAAACAGUUCAAAGCUCAUCACAAUAAGUGAACGAAAGGACUACCAAAUGGUGUUUGACAAAAGGGUGAUUGGGGAGCAUAGACCGACAAAUAAACAGAAAUUGCGUAAUUUGCAGACGCAUCAGAAUAGAAAUUCUAGAGAUUAG